AUGUUUAAUAUAAAAAAGAGAAAAGAGAGUAUAACAGGUAUACCACCAAUAAAUGUUAAUAGUCCACAAUCAGUUCCAUUGAGUGGAACAUUGCAAUCACCAUUGAUUACACCAAAUUCACCAAAUUUUGUUUCACGUCAAUGUCCAUUCAAAAAGUUUGGAUGUAGUAGUUUUUUAGUUUCAAAGGCAGAGUUUGAUAAUCACUUAAAGGAUGACGCACAAUUUCAUUUACAAUUGGCAGUGGAGAAAUUUGAUCAUCAAUUUGAUUUACACACACAAUUGAUGGCACAUUUUACUGAGCAAAUGGAGGAUCAAUUAGAGAAAACAAUGAAGGUCGUACGUAAUCAUACAGAUAGUUUAGGCGGUAAUGUUCAAACCAAAUUGGAUGAAGGCAUUGAAAAAUGUAUGGCUUUUGCUAAAAAGGUUGAACAACAACAACAACAAUUGGCCAAAAGAUUAAUCACUCAACAAAUUCAAGAGAAGAAAUCAACCUCUUCACCUUUAGUUAAAGGUGGUAUUAGUGGUGGUGGUGGUAGUGGUGGCGAUGAUUCUUUUGAUGGCGCAAAUAUAUCAUCAAUGUCAACUAGUAAACAAGAAUUACAACAAGAAUUACAAUCAUUAUCAAUUAAAAUGAAAAAAGAAUUGACAGAAUUAUCCGAUGAACUAUCACAAAAAUUAGAACGUUCAACAGGUAAUAUAGAUAUUAAAAUAAAGAGAAUCGAAGGUGAAGUUAAUGAAAAGAUUGAUAAACGUCAAUUGGUCUCUACGAUCGAUGAUUCAAUUGGAAAGAAAACAGAUUCCAUCGGUUAUACAUUGGAGAGUUCAAUCAUUAAAAAGGUUGAAGAGAAAGAGAAAAAGAAAUCCGAACAAAAUCAACUUCUCUUUGAUUCAAAGAUUGAAUCCUUAAAAGAUAAGAUUAAAAUCAUUGAAACUCAACAAUUGGAUACUUCAUCAGAGGUUAGAAAAUUGAAAUUAGAAAGUACAAGUAGUGGAAAUUUAAUGGCAGGUCUUAAUGGUACCUCUGGUAGACCUUCAUCAUCUUCUCACUUUAUUCCAUCCUCUGUUUCUGCCGCUGCUAACAAUAUCAACAAGAAUGAAAUCAUGGAAGAGGUUAAAAAGGUAGAAGAGAAACUUCAAAAGAAAAUUCGUGAAGAGAUUGAUAAUACAAAAUCUGAACUCUCAAAGGUUGAACGUUCCGUUAAAGAUAAUCGUAGUGAAAUUGAAGGUUUGGAAAAAGAUUGUAAGAAUCAAUUCGAUAAACAAGACAAUAAGAUCAAACAAGUUGAGGAUGAUUUGAAAAAGAGUGAUUCAUUACUUUUGUUAAUGCAAAAUAACCUCAAGAAAUAUAAUGAAUUUGUUGAUAGAGAACGUGAUCGUGAAAGUGAACGUUUGAAACUUCAAGAUUCUAUCAAACGUUUAGAACAAAAUCAAAAGAAAAUCGAAGCUGAAAUUCAAGAAGGUAAUGAACAAGUUGAACGUGUUUUACGUGAGGAAGCUUCAAUCUCACCAAUUAGUUCAGUUCCAAAAUCACCAAUCACAACCAAACGUUCAUCGAUUAUUUUAAAUUCACCACCAAUGACUUCACAACAAUCAUCACCAAAGAUUCAAGAUCUUCUCUCAAGUAGUGGUAGUAGUAGUGUUAGUGGUAUAAAUAUUUCCUCUGAAACCGGUGAAAUGGGUAUUCUUUGGGAAUUUGAUCCAAUCAUUAACAAAUGGAUUAGAUUAUCAAUGAAGCUAAAGGUAGAAAGAAAACCAUUUGCAGAGGGUGCUCUUAGAGAGGCUUAUCAUACCGUUUCAUUGGGUGUUGGAACCGAUGAAAAUUAUCCAUUAGGUACAACCACCAAAUUAUUCCCACCAAUUGAAAUGAUUUCACCAAUUUCAAAGAAUAAUGAGGCAAUGACUCAAUUGAAGAAUGGUACAAAAUUUGUUUUGAAACUCUACAAAAAGGAAGCUGAACAACAAGCUAGCAGAGAAUUAUACUUUGAAGAUGUUAAAAUGCAAAUGGUCUGUAGAGAUUGGGGUAAUAAAUUCAAUCAAAAGAAACCACCAAAGAAAAUUGAAUUCCUUAUGUCUUGGGUUGUAGAGUUAAUCGAUAGAUCUCCUUCUUCCAAUGGUCAACCAAUACUUUGUUCCAUUGAACCAUUAUUGGUUGGUGAAUUCAAAAAGAAUAAUUCAAAUUAUGGUGCAGUUUUAACCAAUCGUUCAACUCCACAAGCAUUCUCUCAUUUCACCUAUGAACUCUCAAAUAAACAAAUGAUCGUUGUCGAUAUUCAAGGUGUUGAUGAUCUUUACACUGAUCCUCAAAUUCAUACACCCGAUGGUAAAGGAUUUGGUCUUGGUAAUCUUGGUAAAGCAGGUAUCAAUAAAUUCAUCACCACUCACAAAUGUAAUGCUGUUUGUGCUCUUUUAGAUUUAGAUGUUAAAUUGGGUGGUGUACUAUCUGGAAAUAAUAAGAAACAACUUCAACAAGGUACUAUGGUUAUGCCAGAUAUUCUCCCAGAACUUAUGCCAUCUGAUAACACCAUUAAAGUGGGUGCAAAACAACUUCCAAAAGCUGAAUUCUCAAAGAAAGAUCUCAAAUGUGUUAGCACCAUUCAAAGUUUCCGUGAACGUGUUAACUCGAUCGCAUUCUUUGAUAAUCAAAAGUUAUUAUGCGCUGGUUAUGGUGAUGGUACCUAUAGAGUUUUCGAUGUCAAUGACAAUUGGAAAUGUUUAUACACUGUCAAUGGUCAUAGAAAAUCAAUUGAAAGUAUCGCUUGUAAUAGUAAUUACAUUUUCACUUCAUCACCUGAUAACACCAUCAAAGUUCAUAUCAUUCGUAGUGGUAACACCAAAUGUAUAGAGACAUUGGUUGGUCACACUGGUGAAGUUAAUUGUGUCGUGGCCAAUGAAAAAUAUCUUUUCAGUUGUAGUUAUGAUAAAACUAUCAAGGUUUGGGAUUUGUCAACCUUUAAAGAAAUUAAAUCAUUUGAGGGUGUUCAUACAAAGUACAUUAAAACAUUGGCUUUGAGUGGACGUUAUCUUUUUAGUGGUGGUAACGAUCAAAUCAUUUACGUUUGGGAUACUGAAACACUUAGUAUGCUUUUCAAUAUGCAAGGUCAUGAAGAUUGGGUACUCUCUCUUCAUUGUACCGCUAGUUAUCUUUUCUCAACCUCAAAAGAUAAUGUCAUCAAGAUUUGGGAUCUCUCAAAUUUCAGUUGUAUCGAUACUCUAAAAGGUCAUUGGAAUUCUGUCUCAAGUUGUGUCGUAAAAGAUCGUUAUCUAUACAGUGGUUCUGAAGAUAAUUCAAUCAAAGUUUGGGAUCUCGAUACACUUGAAUGUGUUUACACCAUUCCAAAAUCUCAUUCUUUGGGUGUAAAAUGUUUAAUGGUUUUCAAUAAUCAAAUCAUUUCUGCUGCUUUCGAUGGUUCAAUUAAAGUUUGGGAAUGGCAAUCGAAAUAA